AUGACUCGCGGUGGCGUUUACGAUGUCAUGGAAUUGGUUCAGAGCUUGCGGCAAGAACAGCUGUUUGUCAGUUCCGAGAAGCGGAAAAUCCAUCAACUCAACGAGGAGGUAAGAAAAUAUUCGGAUCGGCUCUUUGAAAAAGCUUGGCAGGCGCGCCACCAGCGAAUAAAUCUGGACUGCUACAUCCUCAAUCUGCACGACAUACAAACAUCCCAUCGCAAAGAUGCGCAGCUGGACGCCGUGCAUUUUAUCGAUUCGUUCCGUCGACUCGGGAACGCCGACACUUCUAUGUGCGAACUGCUCAAAGCUCUGCGUGACAACCCCAAACUCUUGGCUCUGUUCCUGGACCGUGCUGAACACCUCAAAGUCGGACCCUCUGUGAUGCAACAUCUCAUAAACUCGGUGAUGAUUUCCUUAUACGGGGCCUGUAUUCUACCUGAAGACAACAACCUCGCACUGGUUCUCCUAUACGAGCUGAUGCAUCUCCAGCUGCCUCGGAGCAACGAACUCCGCCGGCUGCUGCAGAACGGGAACUGUACCUUCAGUCGUUGUUAUAAAGCUUUCGUCGAAGCUCACAUUCCAGCCAAAUUGUUCCUGACUUCUGCUCUACGGAACGCCAUCAUCCAAGUUCUCGUGCACGAUGAUCUCUACUUGGAUUUCGAGCCGAACAACACAGUGAUCAGAUUUUCUCCAGAGGAACGUCUGAGGCACUUUGGGGAAGAAGGGACUCCACAAUACGAAGCAAGCCUGAAGAGUUAUCGCACGAGGAUGUUACGCAAGCUCACGAUGUUCGCAAACGUGUUCCUCGAAGGAAUCAAGGAAUCAAUUUUCUGCUUCCCGCCUGCUCUCGCUUGGCUCGUUCGCCAAUUCUAUUCCAUAAUACUCGAGGAGAACAAACUCGAGUCGCGCCAAAUAGCCGUCAUUUGCGCGGACCUCGUGUUUUACUUCUUCAUCUGUCCGGCCAUCGUGAAUCCCGAGCUCUUCGGUAUAAUCGAGGAAGGCUUCUAUAUUGGACAGAUCGCUCGCUACAACCUCAUGCAGAUUGCGAGGAUCGUCCAAGUUCUCGCCAUGGCUCGAUACGAACCCAUCGACGAACGCCUCGAAGAGGUGUACCGGAACUUCGACAAAGACCUUUUGCCAAAUAUCCUGGAGGAUAUCAUUCAAGGGAGUCAACAACCUGAGCUGUUCAAUGAUAUCUUGAAUUCAACGUGUCCAGCAACAGAUCAGACCUCCACCUCGCAGAGCAAUGGUCCGCUGACCAGGAAUGCCGUCCUGAUCAGUCCGAGUGAACUGCAAGAUUUGGUCACAACACUCCACAAAGUUCGCGGGAACGAAAUGCAAGGUUCACUGCUCAAGGAAUGGCUGAUGCCUCUGAUGCAGCACGUUCCGGAGCAGAUGCCCUCGCUCACACCCACGACCACAAACGGUCAGACGUCCGAGGACGCUAGCCUCAAGAAAGCUAUAAGGAGCAAAGUAAACAAAAUUCGUAAUACGGGGCACCGAAGUUCGAGUGGCUUCGACUCCUCUUCGGUCGAGACGGUGGACGAAGCAUCGUCGAAAGACCUGAAGCACGAGGUGAUCACAGAGGUGCUCGUCAUGCCGCUGCCGACCACAGCGCGCAGAGAGUUCCCCGGAGGGCUCACCGAAGAUACUGUCCUCAGCAUGGAGCAGUCGAAACGAUCAGCGACCAGGGUUCGACUCAACCUGGAUAAUCUCGACGAAAAAUCAUCGACCGGUUCGGGGAAGAGAGCCAAGUUUUUCGGAGACCAAGAAUCGAUCGCCGGAGCUAGCGACAAUUUGGAGGCCGUUUCAGAAGCCGCGAGUAUGGCUUCAUCGUUGGACCUCGAGGAAAAUGCCGAAAACGACAAUUUAUCGGAUAUGGUGUCGGCGAACGUUAGUGGCCCCGGGACUCCCUCGGUCAGUGGACGUGACACGCCAUCGUCGCAUGGUGCCGCACCGGUUCCUCCCAACCCCUCUCAGAUCGCGGAACAGCUGCAGCUGCUACAGGGCAAUCCACCGCAAGCCCCACAAGUCCACGUGCCUCCGCCGUCGAAUAUUCCCACGCGGAGACGAGCUCCGCCACGUCAAGAAGCGCAAAAGCAGAUGGACAUGGAGGACCGUUUCGGUCGUUUCGGACUAGGCAAGAGCACCGGGGCUGGAUCGUCGAUCACCGAGGAGGAAACCAAAUCUAUGGUGUCCGAUACGUGGAGCACCGACGUGCUCGGCAGUGAUUGCGAGGCCUACAACGCCCAGGAACAGCAACAGAACCUCGAGGCUCACCUGAACGCGCUACAACAACAUAUUCACGGCCAUCUCUCGCAACAAAACGUUCAGCAACUAAUCGACCUGUCCGAAACGCAGUCAGACGCUUGGAGUACUGCCGCCAUGACGUCCUACUCCGACCUGGACCGUCUGCAGGAGGUUGAGAAUCAGGAGGAAGACAUGAUCAUGGGUUCCGACAGAGGCCAGAACGGGGAAGAAGCCGUGCCGGAGUUCGUGGGAGCCCGAGCUCCGGUGGACAGGCAAUCGACCCCGACGAAUCUAAUUAAGCUGGAUUCUGGAGAAGAUAACCUCAUCGAUAUUAGCUCCGGUGGGGUCGCGCCGCCCGUAGGUAGUGCUCCUCCUUCUCUGCAGCCGGGCGACAUAAUAUCGGGAGCGUUUGCGCACAGCUUGUCAAAUGGCUCGGUGGUUUCAUUCGCUGGAAGCUUCACGGGAGACAGUGGAAGCCAGAGUUUAGGAAGGCUCAGUUUCGCUAUGAAGGAGCAAUCCCUGUCUGGAGAGAAUAUACUCGACGGGGAUAUCGUCAUGAUGAGCAACGGUGCUGCUGAGUCGAGCAACUUGAAACCUCAGGGUAGCGCCGAAAGCUCCGAUGGAAACUCUGAGAGCAGCUCCGAUUACUUUGGUCUUGGCACGUCGGCGGAGUCUGAGGCCGAACGACAGAAUCAGAUGAAGACCGGCGCGAUUCCGAAGACACCUAGAAUAAAUUUACAGCAGUCCGCGUCUCGGGACCGCGGCGGUGUUCCCAUUCCAAACAGUCGGCACAAUCGGUCGGGAGGACCUCAGAGGGGUUUCUUUCGAAAAAUUGGAACUAUAAAGCAGAGCAUCAGCAGCAAAGUGAGGACCCUCGAUGCGAGAACUUCGGGAGGUUUCAGAAGGUCCCUUUCGCAACAAGACUUCGAAGACCCCGAGCUCGCGGUAGCGACGCAGCACGCGCCUAUCCAAGUUUCUGCUCCUCCCCCAUCAUCUGUUCAAUUCAUGGAUCCUUCUGAAAUCCUUGAAAAGUAUCGUGGCAAGUCCCGUGAGGAGCCCCAGGUCGCGGACAGUGCGUCGUCCGUGUCCGGAGAUCUCUUGGAUCUCGAUGAGAGUGAAGCUUCGUCGCAAUGCCCCGAGGAAGUGAUGUUCCUCGAUGCGAAGCGGAAGCUCCGCACUGUUUUCUCGACAGCCAAUGUGCAUGUGCUGAACAUCGAUCGCUCAAGCAUCGAUCUGAUCCUAUUGCUCAGAAUGAUGCUCGCAGAGUCGAUUGGACUGCAGAAUCAUCAAUUGACCGCGCAACUACAUGAGGCGAUUCGGUGUAUUUCGAAGCUGAACUCAUCCAUGCAAAAGCGCGUCAUCCACACAAUGCGCGAAGACUACCGGCAGCGCUCAGUCUACAUUUCAUAUCUGGUCCGUUCGCGACAGGGUCUCGAAGCUACUUUGGCCACCCUGCAAACUCACCUCGCUCAUGUUAAGAAAGACAAGAGCGUCACGCACGGCUACCUGACUACAUUUUGUGUGCAAGAGUUCCUGCAAAUUUUGCACAGGAAGGAACACCGUCUCGGGCUCGAGACACUGUUAGCGACAUUUGGAAGCUUGACGGUGUCCGACGAGAAAGCCGACCUAGUUGAAAGAUACUUGGAGAAAAUUUUCAAGGAAAUGGCUUCACAUCCCCUCUGGCACUCGAGCUCCGACGAGUACCUCAGUCUUUCCGAAGCGAUUCUGGAACGGAUGAUCAUGGGAAAGGUUUACAUGUCUGCCCUGUUCCCGAACGGAGAUAUCGACUUGAAUAGGGAUCAAGUUCUCCACGCGCACAUUCGGCGUCUCGCGCAGGUCGUCACACCGCAGCACAAAGCAUUGAGAAUUCCAAAGAUUUAUCUCCUCGAGUGUCCCUGGCCAUCCGCCCAGGCGGUGAUCGCAACCCUCAACGCCUACAAGUCCCCGCGAGACAAGAUGAACUGCGUGUUCCUCUGCUGUAAAACUAUCAUGGAUCUUCUGCAUCUUGCCUCGAAUUCCGCGGCUGCCGCCGAUGACCUCUUCCCGAUCCUGGUCUACGUGCUCAUUCAGGCGAAUCCCCAAUAUCUACUUAGCAACAUCGAAUACGUAAAACAGUUCUGCCCGGGUUACCAAGACGGAGAAGCCGGCUACUAUUGGACGAUGUUGGAUAGCGCGGUUGUCUUCAUCAAGGGCUUAGAGUACAACUGACAGUGAUGGUAAGAACUCUAAUCCACGGUAGCCCAUGGAAACAAUGAAGCAGAAAAUGUACUCGAAGGUGUUUCUCGGGUCAUGAAAGCACCGAGCGGGCCCGUUCUCCGCCUAGACUACAAUGUGAUCAGUCCGUGUCCGACGUCUGGGAGAGG